AUGGAUGAUGUGCUAACAGGGUCCAGUUCAUCGAGUUCGGCGAAAGAGCUACAGCAUGAAUUAAUUGAGAUUUUAAAAAGUGCAACUUUGACUCUAUACCAAGAAAAUCAGAUGUACAAAUGGUGUAGCAACAAUCUGGAGCUUGCAGUUAACGUUUAUGAUGAAUACACAUUUCAGUGCACGAAUGAAGUGUCAGCCUUUGGUGUUUCCUGGAAAGCAGAUAAAGAUUGUUUUAACUUUAAAGUGAAACUAGAAAAUGAGUGUGAAAUUACUAAAAGGCAAGUUUUGUCAACAAUAACGAGAAUCUUUGACCCACUUGGUUUAUUGGGUCCCAUGAUAGCUAAAGCUAAAAUAUUUCUUCAGAGUAUGGGUUUUGAAGCUCAAUUCGAACAAUCUUCUACCUGA